UAGGCGGUUCCGUUAGCGGCGGGAGGGAAAACCGUCCCCGGCGUCCCCGCCUCCGCGGCUAACGCUUUCCUCCCUACUCCCCCUGCGACCACCCUGCAGCCCGCUACGGAGGCCCCCGAAGUACAAACGUCCCCCAGGCCCCGUGCCCCGCUUCAGGAGCUGCGUCCCGGCUAACUCCUCGGGCGCGAGGCCCUGGGCUGGCUUUUUGUCUUUGUCGGAGGUGGUGGUGGUGGUGGUGGUGGUGGUGGUGUUUCUGCUCAGGAGUUCGCGCCGGUGAGUUCCCUCGGGCGGCAGAAACUUCAGCCUCUAGACGGAAGUACCAGCCCCACCCCCCUCCCCUCCGCCGCCCCGGCCUCCCGCAUUCCUUCCCUCCCGCCUAGACGGAGAGUGGCGGGCGGGGGAGGAGGGAGCCAGGGCGCCUGCGCGGAGAGGCCGCUUUCCAUCCGGGUCCCUGUCCGUGCGGUGCAGCAGGUCGGUAGGCGGGAAAUGGCGACUGGCUGAAGGAGCUGAUUCUGUUGCUGCCGAGGGAGACGCGGGAAAGACACCACCUAUUGCGCAGUCGGGACCGUCGCCGGAGCCUGAGGACACACUUCUGUCGUCACAGUGAAGGUUUACAUGUGGCACCCAUAAAAGAUGAAGCUGAGAACACGGAAGGCUUCUCAGCAAUCCAGUCCAAUCCAAACACAGCGCACUGCCAGAGCAAAAAGGAAAUACUCAGAGGUUGAGGAUAGCUUGCCUUCAGGAGGAGAAAAACCAUCAAAGAAUGAAACUGGCUUAUUGUCUUCAAUUAAAAAAUUCAUUAAAGGAAGCACGCCCAAGGAAGAGAGAGAAAAUCCUUCGAAACGGAGUAGAAUUGAACGUGAUAUAGAUAAUAAUUUGAUAACAUCAACACCAAGAGCUGGAGAAAAGCCUAACAAACAGUUGUCUCGAGUAAGACGGAAAAGUCCAGUCAAUGGAGAAGCUGGUAGUUAUGAAAUGACAAAUCAACAUAUAAAACAAAAUGGGAAAUUAGAAGAUAAUCCUUCCUCAGGUAGUCCUCCAAGGACUACAUUGCUGGGGACCAUAUUUUCCCCUGUCUUCAACUUUUUUUCACCAGCAAAUAAAAAUGGAACGUCAGGCUCGGAUUCCCCAGGACAGGCUGUGGAAGCCGAGGAGAUAGUGAAGCAACUGGACAUGGAACAGGUGGCUGAGAUCACUACCAGCACUGCGUCAGCUAACGGAGCAGCUUACUCAAAUCAAGCGAUUCAAGUGAGGCCAUCGGUAAAUAAUGCUUUAGAAGAAGCAGAAGAAACAGUUACUCGGGAUAUCCCACCUCUUACAGCACCAGUGACUCCAGAGAGUGCUUACUCAUCAGCCCAUGCAGAGGCCACCUAUGAGGAAGACUGGGAAGUGUUUGACCCCUAUUAUUUCAUCAAACAUGUUCCACCUCUGACAGAAGAACAACUAAAUAGGAAACCCGCUCUUCCUUUGAAAACGAGAAGCACACCAGAGUUUUCCCUGGUCUUAGAUCUGGAUGAAACAUUAGUGCACUGUAGUCUGAAUGAGCUAGAAGAUGCAGCACUUACUUUUCCAGUCCUUUUCCAAGAUGUCAUUUAUCAGGUUUAUGUGAGAUUAAGACCAUUCUUCAGGGAAUUCCUUGAACGAAUGUCUCAGAUGUAUGAGAUCAUUCUUUUUACUGCUUCUAAGAAGGUGUAUGCAGACAAGUUACUGAACAUACUAGACCCUAAAAAGCAACUGGUCAGGCACCGGCUUUUCCGAGAACAUUGUGUUUGUGUACAAGGAAACUAUAUAAAGGACUUAAAUAUCCUUGGAAGAGAUCUUUCCAAAACUAUAAUAAUUGACAACUCACCACAAGCCUUUGCCUAUCAGCUUUCUAAUGGAAUCCCUAUAGAAAGUUGGUUUAUGGAUAAAAAUGACAAUGAACUCCUAAAAUUGAUUCCAUUUCUGGAGAAGCUUGUAGAACUGAAUGAAGAUGUCCGACCUCACAUCAGAGACAGAUUUCGCUUGCAUGAUUUGCUGCCCCCAGAUUAAGUUCAGAGACUUGUCAGAUCACUGAGGGGGAGAGAGAAUGCAGGACCCUUUGGACUAAGACAAAAACAUUGCCAUUACUGUUGAAAUUUUGCAUUUUUGUACCCCGUCUUGCUUUUCUUAUCUUUGGUGCCCAAUAAUAAUCAAGGGUUACAGAGAGAGACUAUCUCAGAUUGAACACAUACAGUGGGUAGGCUAAAACAGAAGCGUCUGUAGAACUAGUACAACUCCAGUGAAACUUUUUAUGUACAGGACAUCUGCAGUUUAUAAAGAAUUCUGUUUCUGCCACCAGCAGUUUGCCCUGUAGUACACAGGAUUUUAUGAUAAUACAGGUGAAAGUGGACUCCCACUUUCUCUCUGUCCGGUGCUCUCAGUGGGUUAGUAACCACUCUUCUGUUACUUCACUGUUCUCAUUUCAACAGGAAUGGCCAGUACAAGUUGUUUAUUUUUCCUGUUAAGGUUGAUAACCUUUUUACAUUUCUGACCUGUAUUAGAUUAGAAUCUCAUAAUGCAUUCCUUUUAGUUGAGGCGCUUCAUAGUUUUCUGGAAAUA